AUGAUUAAAUCUAUUUAUUUAUUUAUCUUAACUUAUUUUUUAGAAAUAUCUGAUGAAUCUGUUCAUGUUCCUGUUCGUGUUCCAUUUGAACCAAUUAAUGCAAAAAACACUAAUAAUAUGACACAUCACCAAGAAGAUCAAAAUUUAAUUUAUAAUGAUAAUUUGGAUUAUACUUCAACUAGUCAUAUAAUUCAUCAAAGACCAUUAUAUAAUAUGGAUCAAGUUUCAAAUCGUAAACCAGCUAACAUUUCAAUUCAAUCCAAAUUUAAAAAUCAAAACUUGAUUUAUGAUACCCAUUCACCAGUUGAAAUGGAUCAAGCUUUAAUCUAUAAUUCAGAUCACUCAAUUCAAUCCCAAUUUAAAGAGCAAAACUUGAUCUAUGAUAUCCAUUCACCAGUUGAAAAUAUGAAUCGGUUACAAGCUUCAACUUCUAAUACUGAUUUGCGAUACUAUAAUAAAACUCCAUUACAUAAUGUAAAUACUCAUCAUCCUCACCAAUUUAAUAAUGUUAGACACAAUAUUAAUCCUGAUACAGAAAGUGAAAUUUUUAAGAAUUCUACCACAUCUGAAAGACAUCAGCAAUAUAGAAAUUG